CUUUUUUUUUACAAAUAACAAAUAAUAUAAUUAAAAAAAGGGGGACAAACACUACUAUUGUUUGCAUAUUUCUCUCUCUCUCUCUUUCUCUUUUUGUCUUCUUCUCUCUUUCUUUUAUUCUCUGUCUUUUAUUCUCUAUCUUUUAUUCUCUAUCUCUCAUGACAAACACUAGUGAAGCUCAACCUGUCAUUUUGUUAUCUCCACCACAUGAAGAAAAUAAAUUAACAGCAUUUAAAUCAUUGACCAGAAAACUAAGUAAUUUGUCACUCAGAUCCUCGCCUUCUUGUCCAAAAACACCACCUAUUUUACCAGAAAGUAACUUGCUUAUACCACCUUCUGAUGAAGCAUUGAUCGUCAAUCCAAAUGUUACAACAACUCCUAUAUUAAGUAACAACAGCAGUCUCUAUUUACCGCCCUCACCCUCAGUUUCUGCAUGUUCUACACCUACUUUGGAACGUGCACAACCCUCAAUCAUCUUACAGGAUAAAUACAAGGACCAUAAAAAGGGCAAAGUCAUUGGUAGUGGAGCAACAGCCAAAUUGAGAUUAUUAGAGCCACUGGAUCAUACCAAAAAGACUGUGGUUGUAGUCAAGACAUUCCGUAAAAGGGACCAAAAAGACGAAAGUAAAAAAAGUUACGAUAAACGUAUGGCUAGUGAAUUCUGUAUAUCAAAGACCCUGGGACAUCAACAUGUAAUACAAGUAUUUGAUCUUCUCAAGGAUAAAAAAGGUCGAUGGUGUACAGUCAUGGAAUAUUGUGCAGGAGGUGACGUCUUUUCAGUAUUACAGCAGUUUGCCUUAACAGAUGCAGAGAUUGACUGUCUUUUUAAACAACUUUUGUUGGGACUACAACAUAUUCAUCAUAGUGGUGUGGCACACCGUGACAUCAAGCCAGAAAACUUGGUCAUGACAACAGACGGUAUACUCAAAAUUGCUGAUUUUGGUGUUGCUGAUGUUGUCCAGUCAUGCUUUGAUACAGAGGCUAGUUUGAGUUAUGGUCGAUGUGGUUCAGAACCUUAUUGGUCGCCUGAAUUAUGCCAGUCAUUAGAUACUUACGAUGCUAAAGCACUUGAUAUCUGGAGUUGUGCAGUGACUUGGCAUUGUUUGAUCUAUCGACAGAUACCUUUCCUGAAAGCAUGGCCACAAGAUCCUCAAUAUGUUACUUUUGUUAAUCAGGCACCUUUAAGGACAUGGAUACCUCUGUCUAAAUGUAAUGAUGAUGAAAAAAAUUGUCUGUAUGGCAUGUUUGAUCCAAACCCUUCCAGUCGUUGGACAAUUGAUCAAUGCGUUCAAAGUCAAUGGAUCCAAUCCAUACAAAUUUGUUAUGAAUCUUUUGAUAGACAUAAACAUCAUUUUAUAUUAUAAUAAAAUAUAAGGAGUCAAAAGAAAAUUUUCUCUUUUAUAUAUAUAAGGAGUAAGUUGUUGUUGUUGUUGUUGUUGUUGUUGUAGUAGUAAAAGGAGAGAAACAUUAUAAAAUUAAUAGUA